GUUAAAAUCCGAAAUAUGGAGAGAUGCACAGGGCUGGUUGUGUCUUAGGUAAAUUGCUUCAGUCUUUAAUUUCUUUGGUUAGCAUCAAAGUUUCAUCGAACAAAGAAAAUAUUCAUGAUGCCUGUCAGCUCAUCAUGUGCUUUGAAGUUUGCGAAACUCUCCGAUAAAGCUUUUGCACCUGUAAAGGGAAAUGCCGCUGCUGCUGGUUUUGAUUUACGAAGUGCAUACGAGUACGUCAUUCCCCCUAAAGGAAAGGAACUAGUAAAAACAGAUUUGCAAAUUGCAGUACCUGAAGGAACAUAUGGUAGAGUGGCUCCACGUUCCGGACUUGCUUGGAAAAACCACGUAGACAUCGGUGCUGGUGUCAUUGAUCAAGACUACAGGGGUAAUGUCGGUGUCGUUAUCUUCAAUCAUGGUGAAAAUGAAUUGAAAGUUCAACCCGGUGACCGAGUAGCUCAGUUGAUUUGCGAAAAGAUCGAAUAUCCCGAACUCCAAGAAAUGAAUUCGCUAGAUUCUACCGAGAGAGGAGAAGAUGGUUUCGGAUCUACCGGUAUGAAAGAGAUUGCAAAGAAGUAACUAUCACCAUCAAACAUUUAUACUACGCUCUUGUUUGUCACCAGUAUUUCAUUUCUUACUAACUUAUAAUUAACAUGAUCAUAGUGAAAAAUUCAGAUAUCACACGCUGUUUUUAUGGAUCCGCACAUUAAUUUUUCUUUGGAAAGAUAGAAUAAAAAUCUUCGUCAUUGUUUGCUA